UCAAGCUCGGCCGGAAGCGGGAGGCUGCAGGGGCGGGCAGGCGGGCGGGCAGGUUGGCGUCCUCUUUCCGGCUGGUCCCCAUGGAGGCACUGGGGAAGCUGAAGCAGUUCGAUGCCUACCCCAAGACUCUGGAGGACUUCCGGGUCAAGACCUGCGGGGGCGCCACGGUGACCAUUGUCAGUGGCCUUCUCAUGCUGCUACUGUUCCUGUCCGAGCUGCAGUAUUACCUCACCACUGAGGUGCAUCCUGAACUCUACGUGGACAAGUCACGGGGAGAUAAACUGAAGAUCAACAUAAAUGUGCUUUUUCCACACAUGCCAUGUGCCUAUCUGAGCAUUGAUGCCAUGGAUGUGGCUGGGGAGCAGCAGCUGGAUGUGGAACACAACCUGUUCAAAAAACGGCUAGAUAAGGAUGGCUUUCCCGUGAGCUCAGAGGCGGAACGUCAUGAGCUCGGGAAAGUUGAGAUGAAGGUGUUUGACCCUGAUUCCCUGGACCCUAAUCGCUGUGAGAGCUGCUAUGGUGCCGAGACGGAAGACAUCAAGUGCUGUAACUCCUGUGAGGAUGUGCGGGAGGCAUAUCGCCGUCGAGGCUGGGCCUUCAAGAACCCAGACACUAUUGAACAGUGCCGGCGAGAGGGCUUCAGCCAGAAGAUGCAGGAGCAGAAGAAUGAAGGCUGCCAGGUGUACGGCUUCUUGGAAGUCAACAAGGUGGCGGGAAACUUCCACUUUGCCCCCGGGAAGAGCUUCCAGCAGUCCCACGUGCACGUACAUGCUGUGGAGAUCCAUGACCUGCAGAGCUUUGGCCUCGACAAUAUCAACAUGACCCACUACAUCCAGCACCUGUCAUUCGGGGAGGACUACCCGGGCAUUGUGAACCCCCUGGACCACACCAACGUCACUGCACCCCAAGCCUCCAUGAUGUUCCAGUACUUUGUGAAGGUGGUGCCCACGGUGUACAUGAAGGUAGAUGGGGAGGUGCUGAGGACAAAUCAGUUCUCUGUGACCAGACAUGAGAAGGUCGCCAAUGGGCUGAUGGGCGAUCAGGGGCUUCCUGGAGUCUUCGUGCUGUACGAGCUCUCGCCCAUGAUGGUGAAGCUGACGGAGAAGCACAGGUCCUUCACACACUUCCUGACAGGCGUGUGCGCUAUCAUCGGGGGCAUGUUCACAGUGGCCGGACUCAUCGACUCUCUCAUCUACCACUCGGCUCGAGCCAUCCAGAAGAAAAUUGAUCUAGGGAAGACAACAUAGUUGUCCGUCCUUCCCCCCCAACAAGUCCCUGUUUUCCUUUGGCCUUGUGGUCAUUUUCCCAGCCUCUUACCCCACCCACCCCGCACACCCCCUCUGCAAAGAGUCAGUCGCGGCCCCAGGUUGGUAAAUCUAUCAAUUGUGAUAGUA